AUGGGAGCCCCGAAACAAGUCAGAGUAAAGGACGUAUUUGUCGAAGAAGAAAUUCAUACUCAACUGUAUGAAGAGCACUCCCCCUCAUCAAGUUCAGACCAGGAAGAUGAUACAUUAGAGACAGAAGAACCACCAUCAUCCUUCUGGCAAAGACUCAUCAAAACCCUCGAGGUGCAGCCCAGGGGAGGAUUAUCCACGGCUCAGAUGUUCUUGUAUAACCAUGAUUUGCGUCCCGUUGAGGAAGCAAGACGUCAGUGGUCGUGGUAUAAUUAUGUCUUUCUUUGGAUCUCGGAUUCGUUCAAUAUCAACACCUGGCAGAUUGCAGCCACGGGUAUCCAAGCUGGGAAAAUGAAUUGGUGGCAGACUUGGUUGAGUGUUUGGUUAGGAUAUGCAUUGUGUGGUAUAUUUGUCAGUAUUGGGUCACGAGUCGGUUUAUUCUACCACAUAUCUUUCCCUGUGUCAAUCAGAGCAUCUUUUGGUAUUUAUGGUUCAUUAUGGCCGGUGUUCAAUCGUGUUUUCAUGGCCUGCGUGUGGUAUGCUGUGCAAACGGCCAUCGCUGGUCCAACAUUUGAACUUAUGUUGCAUUCCAUCUUUGGCAAGGAUCUUCCUGAAAGAAUCCACGACACCAUCCCUGAUAAAGAUUUAACCACGUUCCAGUUCCUUGGGAUUUUUCUUUUCUGGUUGUUUGAAUUGCCUUUCUUGUGGUUUCCUCCACACAAGAUUAGACAUUUGUUCACAGUGAAGGCAUACACUGUCCCUGUUGCCGGUAUUGCGUUCUUGGUAUGGACCAUAGUCAAAGCUGGUGGAGCUGGUCCGGUAUUUCUGCAGAAAUCACAAGUACACGGUUCUGCUUUGGCAUGGGCAUUUGUUGAAUCGACAUUCACAUCGUUGGCCAAUUUCUGUACUUUGAUCAUCAACGCCCCCGAUUUCUCACGUUUUGCCAAAGAGCCAUCCUUUGCCAUGAAGUACUUGGUUUACACGUUGUCCAUUCCAAUUUGUUUCUCAUUGACAUCGCUUAUUGGUAUUUUGGUCACAUCCGCAUCGCAAGCAAUGUACGGAGAAGCAUUCUGGUCACCGUUGGAUGUGUUGAAAAUGUUCUUGGACGAUUACACACCAGGAAACCGUGCUGGUGUCUUUUUCAUUUCUGCUGCAUUUGCAUUGGCACAAUUGGGUACCAACAUCUCGGCAAACUCGUUGUCGUUUGGAACUGACUGUGCUGCCUUGCUCCCAAGAUUUUUAAACAUUAGAAGAGGAAGCUAUAUCUGUGCGUUUUUGGCGCUUGCUGUUUGUCCCUGGAAGUUGAUUUCCUCAUCCUCCAAGUUCACCACGUACUUGGCAGCAUAUGCUGUGUUCUUGUCAUCUGUUGCUGGUGUGGUUGCGUGCGACUACUUCUAUUUACGAAGAGGGUACAUCAACGUCAUCAACUUGUACUGUUUGCACCAGAAGGACGACCCAAGCAAGAAGUCGCUCUACCGAUACAACAAAAUUGGCGUAAACUGGAGAGCUUAUGCGGCUUACAUCUGUGGUAUUUUGCCAAACAUUGUUGGGUUUGUUGGAGCUACCGGAGCCCGUAAAGUCCCUAUAGGUGCUACGGAAGUAUACAGGAUGAAUUUUUUUAUGGGUUUCUUUAGCGCUUGGAUCGUGUAUGCUGUUUUGAACUUUUACUUCCCAGUACCCACAGGUACAGAGAAAGUUGGACCAUUUGAAAAAGGCUGGUUUGAAGAGUUGCCCGAUGUGGAAUCGUUUGACGAUGAGUUGCUUGGUAAGAGCAAGAAGCUACAAUAG